UCGGUGGGCCUGCAGCUGCACCGGACGGCCCCCCAGAGUUGGGCAGUUAGGGAGGCCUGCCCGGGCCCCCUGCCCGCAGCAGCCAUGGCGGAGAAUUGGAAGAACUGCUUCGAGGAGGAGCUCAUCUGCCCCAUCUGCCUGCAUGUCUUCGUGGAGCCGGUGCAAUUGCCGUGCAAACACAACUUCUGUCGGGGCUGCAUUGGCGAGGCGUGGGCCAAGGACAGCGGCCUGGUGCGCUGCCCGGAGUGCAACCAGGCCUACAACCAGAAGCCGGGCCUGGAGAAGAACCUGAAGCUCACCAACAUCGUAGAGAAGUUCAACGCCCUGCACGUGGAGAAGCCGCCGGCGGCGCUGCACUGCGUGUUUUGCCGCCGCGGCCCCCCGCUGCCCGCGCAGAAGGUCUGCCUGCGCUGCGAGGCGCCCUGCUGCCAGUCCCACGUGCAGACGCACCUGCAGCAGCCCUCCACCGCCCGCGGGCACCUCCUGGUGGAGGCGGACGACGUGCGGGCUUGGAGCUGCCCCCAGCACAACGCCUACCGCCUCUACCACUGCGAGGCCGAGCAGGUGGCCGUGUGCCAGUACUGCUGCUACUACAGCGGUGCGCAUCAGGGACACUCGGUGUGCGACGUGGAGAUCCGGAGGAAUGAGAUCCGGAAGAUGCUGAUGAAGCAGCAGGACCGUCUGGAGGAGCGAGAGCAGGACAUUGAGGACCAGCUGUACAAACUCGAGUCCGACAAGCGCCUAGUGGAGGAGAAGGUGAGCCAGCUGAAGGAAGAGGUGCGGCUGCAGUAUGAAAAGCUACACCAGCUGCUGGACGAGGACCUGCGGCAGACGGUGGAGGUCCUGGACAAGGCCCAGGCCAAGUUCUGCAGCGAGAACGCAGCGCAGGCGCUGCACCUCGGGGAGCGCAUGCAGGAGGCCAAGAAGCUGCUGGGCUCCCUGCAGCUGCUCUUCGACAAGACAGAAGACGUCAGCUUCAUGAAGAACACCAAGUCUGUGAAAAUCCUAAUGGACAGGACCCAGACCUGCACGGGCAGCAGCCUUUCUCCCCCUAAGAUCGGCCACCUGAACUCCAAGCUCUUCCUGAAUGAGGUGGCCAAGAAGGAGAAGCAGCUGCGCAAGAUGCUAGAAGGCCCCUUCAGCACACCGGUGCCCUUCCUGCAGAGCGUCCCCCUGUACCCUUGUGGCGUGAGCAGCUCUGGGGCGGAAAAGCGCAAGCACUCAACGGCCUUCCCUGAGGCCAGUUUCCUAGAGACGUCGUCAGGCCCUGUGGGCAGCCAAUAUGGGGCAGCAGGCACAGCCAGCGGCGAGGGCCAGUCAGGGCAGCCCCUGGGGCCCUGCAGCUCCACGCAGCACUUGGUGGCCCUGCCGGGCGGCGCCCAACCAGUGCAUUCAAGUCCUGUGUUCCCCCCAUCACAGUAUCCCAAUGGCUCUGCCACCCAGCAGCCCAUGCUCCCCCAGUAUGGCGGCCGCAAGAUUCUCGUCUGUUCUGUGGACAACUGUUACUGUUCUUCCGUGGCCAACCAUGGUGGCCACCAGCCCUACCCCCGCUCCGGCCACUUUCCCUGGACAGUGCCCUCACAGGAGUACUCACACCCGCUCCCGCCCACACCCUCCGUCCCCCAGUCCCUUCCUGGCCUGGCGGUCAGAGACUGGCUCGACGCCUCCCAGCAGCCUGGCCACCAGGAUUUCUACAGGGUGUAUGGGCAGCCGUCCACCAAACACUACGUGACGAGCUAA